AAGACCCUAUUGGGUAGGGCUCAACCUAACAAACUGGGACCUCAUCAUACUCAUACGAAAGAGGUCGAAAAAGUAGGGUUUGAAGGGCAGUGGAGUUCAGUGACAGAGGUCAACAUACCCUCGACGAUCAAUUCACUGAUUAUAGAGUGAUUUCUACUGCGGAAGAGGUUAAUAGAAAAAUGCCUCUUUAUGAUUGUAUGCUUCUGCUGAAACCCACUGUAAGGAAAGAAUCAGUGAUGGAUUUGGUCGCUCAAAUAGGGAAACAUGUUUACCGAAAGAACGGCGUUCUAACGGGUAUGGAAUCGUUUGGAAAGGUUCAGUUGGGUUAUGGGAUUAGGAAGCUUGAUGGCAGAUACUACCAGGGCCAACUGAUGCAAAUGACAAUGAUGGCACCACCAAGCCUCAAUAAUGAGCUGCAUUACCUGAACAAGGAAGACCGGUUGCUACGAUGGCUUUUGAUUAAGCACCGAAACGUCAGAUAUGGGUUGGAAUUUCUUAGUGAGGAUGCUGAAAGAAGGGACCUGAGCAAGUUCCAAACCAAUUAUAAUGAUUCUGACAUUGAUGAGGACGAGGACGACGACGACGAAGAAUAUGACGUGGAUCAAGAGGGGAGGAAAGAAGACACUAAAACCUAGUAAAUCUAAUCAUAUAAGUUACUAAAAGCAAAGUGUCUGUUCACAUUGGCAUCCUGUUUAUCUUUUUCAGAAUCAAAUUUCUGUUUGAGGCUUUGAGCUGUUUGUAUUAAUUGGAUGUUUUCAAGUUCUUUUAGUAGGUAAGUUUUGAAACAUGGUGAUGGCAAACUGGAUCGAUAUUGUACUCAAUUUCUGAACUAUACAUUUACUGUUGAUU